UAAAGCGAAGUUAGACAAUUAACUGAGGUGAUGAUGAGGAUGUUGCUUUCAGCCACAAUUUCGGUAGACAAAUACUGUUAGCACUUAAUAGACUUGUAACAGAUUCGCAUGCUCUUUUUGAAAGGAACAAUGUCUGUGCUGAAGCUGGAGGAGUGUCGAGAGCGGAUUCGUAAAGAACUGGACAACACAGUGGACUUCUGGCUCAAAUACUCUCACGACCCUCUACAUGGAGGCUUCUUCACUUGUAUUGGGAGGGACGGGAAGGUUUAUGAUGAGCUGAAGUAUGUCUGGCUGCAGGGUAGACAAGUGUGGAUGUAUUGUCGUCUGUACCGAACCGUGGAUCGCUUCCGCAAGCCUGAAAUCCUCGAAGCAGCAAAAGCCGGAGGAGCAUUCCUGAGAAAGUUUGCUCGGGUCUCCUGCGGCAGCAGUGGCCAGUGGAAGUGUGCCUUCUGCUUAACAAGAGAUGGUAAAGCAGUCAAGAUUCAGAGAACUAUAUUCAGUGAGUGUUUCUAUAUUAUGGCCAUGGACGAACUGAGCAGGGUCAUUGGGGACGAGGACAUGCAGCUGGAGGCUGAACAGAUGAUGGAGCAGUUGAUCUGCUGGGUUAGGGUGGACUCGUCAGGCCUGGGCCGGCCCCAGCUUCCUGGAGACGUUCCCGCCAACAGCAUGGCAGUUCCCAUGAUGCUGUUGUGUCUGGUGCAGCAGCUAACUGAAGGUCGGGGUCCAGAGGUUAUUCAGAAGUACAGAGAGCUGGCCAGCUGGUGUGUACAGAAGAUUCUUCAACACAUCCAGAGAGAAGGCACUGCUAUUUUAGAGAAUGUGUCCGUGGAAGGAGCAGAGCUGCCGGGAUGCCAGGGCCGACUGCUGAACCCAGGCCACGCCCUGGAAGCAGGCUGGUUCCUGCUUCAGUUCAGUGUUGAGCAGAAGGACGAAGAGCUCCAGAGGACUGCCAUCAACAAGUUCAUGGAGCUCCCUUAUCAGUACGGCUGGGAUAAAGAGCAUGGCGGCCUCUUCUACUUCCUGGAUGUUGAUGGUCACUGUCCCACCCAGUUGGAGUGGAGUAUGAAGCUGUGGUGGCCCCACUGUGAGGCUCUCAUCGCAUUCCUGAUGGCCUACAGUCAAACCAAGAAGCCAGAGCUGCUGGAGAGAUUCUCUAAAGUGUAUGAAUACACCUUUAGCCAUUUUCCUGAUGUUCAGAGAGGCGAGUGGUUUGGAUAUUUGACACAAGGAGGAAAAGUGGCUCUGGAUUUUAAAGGAGGCCCCUUUAAAGGGUUCUUCCAUGUGCCUCGCUGCCUGUACAUGUGUGAGCGGAUUCUGGAUGAUAUGCUGGCAAACAAGGACUGAGCAUUCUGACAUGAAUGUUCACUAAAUGUAAAAAAAAAAAGAAGUAAUUUUGAUAUAUAUUCUGGCCACCAGUGGCAGUUUGUAUUGACAUUAAUUAUAAGAUGCCUUUCUUGGUCAGACUAAAUCACAUUUGAUCUACUUCUAUUUGCACCCAUCUGUCGUCUUGUUAUUUCUGCCCUCAUUAUUCCUUAUGUAAAUCUGGGCUUUCUACAUGCACACAUAACGUUUAUACAACUAAUGUAGCAACUGAGAUAGAAGCAUACCUAAGCACUAAGCAUACAGUAGUUUAGUGCUACGGACAUGCUUCUGUAGACUUUUAAUGCAUUUUAUAUUGAAAUAAUAGAAUAUUACAUAAUAAAUGUGAAUCAUGAUUUAAUCAAA